AUUCCCCCUCAAAAACAUGGACAAAUAUGAACAUGCUUGAGAUGAUCAGUGAUCGAUAUCACUUUAAUGAAGCAAGCACAACAAAACCCAAAAUAAAGAGCUUUUUAUUUUCAUUUUGAAAUGAAAAAAGCCGAUGAUACCACUGUAGCGAAUGGCGCAAAAAAGAAGAGCAAUUGUACUGCAUGCCUCAGUGCGACCUUGUUAUUGACUCAAGACCUGCUUUAUCCUUGAUCAACUCUAAUAUCAAAAAGCAAUUAAAGAAAAUACUGAAAGACAGUCUAGUACAAGAUGCAUAUGAUGAAAUGCUAGAAACUAGCCACAAUGAAAAUAAUAGCAACGGUGAAGAACAGCAGCCUGAGCCCAAAGAAGAGAAAAACAGUGGUACUGAUGGUGUAUUAGACUUGACACGAAAAUCAAUAAUUCCCAAGCGAUUAAGAACUGUGGUUGAUGGUGUAACCUUUGGGCAUCGUAAUGUCUUAAAUGGUAAUCAUAAUGAAGAUUGGUAUCGUGUGAACGUAUACGGAGAUGUUUUUGAUUUUAUAUUCAAUGGACAAGCAGGCUAUGAAACAAAAAGAUCUGAAUGUCACUCUUCAAUUGUUAAGUCGUUACGAAAUAUGGGUCUUCUAGAUGCAAACACAAAAGAUGUCAGGCUUGUAUUCAUUUUUACGAACAGUAGUGGUCUAAACGAUGCUUUUUAUUGUGAAGACAAGCCUUAUGAACGUGCUUCAAAAGACAACGAAAAGACCAGACAUUUAAGAGAGCAAGUAUUGAACUACUGGAAAUAUCUCUUGCCGUACAACGAAUGUAUUGAGUAUAUCACUUGCCGUAACAUGCCAAUUCAAUAAGCUUACGCUUCAAAUUACGGCUACAAAGUUCAUUGCAGGUGUUACUGUUAGUUCAGUCCUAAGGGAAGUCAGAAUUCCCAAUAAUGAUCAAGAGGG